AUGGAUAUCGGAAUAGAUUGGAGAGGAACACAUUUUAGACACAAAAAUCACCUAGUUAAAGAGGAAGUAUGUGAUAGAACAAAUUGGAUUGUGUUAUGUCCUAAUGGACAGGUAGACAUUGCUUUUUUUCCAAAUGCUAUUCCUGAAGAAUUAUGCUUGGAAAUGGAGACUGUAGUUGCGAAUAGUGAUGUUGAUAUUUUAAGUUGUAAAAAGGCAAUUAUAGAUGGAUCAUGGACAAGAUAUGGAAAUGGAAUUUAUCCAGUUAAAACAAUUACUACUAACCAAAGUAUUCUAUUACAUGAAUUGAAUGAUAAGUGUGGACCAUUUGUUUUGGAUAAGUUAAAACAUAUUAAUAAGAAUAUGUUUAAUAAGUUGGAUAAUAUUAAUGAGGAUAUUAAAAAUUAUAAAAUUUUUGCUAAAUACCCAACUUUAGCAUUAAAUGUAUCUCAUAAUGAAAAUUACAAUAUAAGUAAGAAACCAUAUCGCAAACACACUGAUGGUAAUGAUAUUGGAUUAGGAGUAUUAACAUAUUUCGGAAGUGAAAUAAUUGAAGGUGGCAAUCUUAUUAUUCAUAUUGAGAACUUGAAAGUAUUCAACUUUCCAAUUCAAAGAAGGGAUUUGGUAUUUUUAAAUUCUAAAUUUUAUGCUCACCAAGUUACUAAAGUGACCUCUGGAAUAAGGUUUGGUUUAGUAUAUUUUGCUGGAGAAGCUCAUUUCAGAGUUAGAAAUAAUGAUGAUUUUUUACCUGCUUUACCAUUUAAUGCUAAUGACAAAGAACUACGAGAAGAAAGAUCCAAAAAAGGUAGAAAAAGUAUGAAUGAAUACAAAAAAAGAUUUUUAAAAAAGUACUUACGAGAAAAGAAAAAAAUUAACAAAAAGAGAGUUAAAUGUAAAAAUAAAUUGAAAUAA